UCUCGACCCUUUCGGCGAACAGAGAGCACGUGUCUGCUUGCCGGUUACGUUUAGCUCAUUUUAUCGUAUAAAACUUCGCGUCAGGCUUGUAGCUUGUCGAAGCUUGGUGACUAACAAUCUAAGGAUUGUGAUCGUCGUAUAGACAGGUUAAUAUGAAUCCUGAAAAGUUGAAGAAGCUUCAAGCUCAAGUACGAAUCGGCGGUAAGGGAACACCCCGACGCAAGAAGAAGGUUGUUCAUGCUACUGCUGCUACAGAUGAUAAGAAGUUACAAAGUUGUUUAAAAAAGUUGUCUGUGAAUACAAUUCCUGGUAUAGAGGAGGUUAAUAUGAUUAAGGAUGAUGGUACUGUCAUCCACUUCAAUAAUCCAAAAGCUCAAGCUAGUUUAUCUGCUAACACAUUUGCCAUUACUGGUCAUGGUGAGAAUAAACAAAUAACUGACAUGUUACCGGGUAUAAUAAGUCAGCUGGGUCCUGAAGGUGUUACACAGUUGAAACGACUAGCAAGUACAGUUUCUGGAAGCACAGUUGGUAAAUCAACCUUGGAAGAAGAUGAUGAGGUGCCAGAUUUAGUGGAGAACUUUGAUGAAGCUAGCAAAGAGGAGGUUGCUCCAAAAAAGGAAGUGGAUGAAAAUGAUAAGGCAGCUGGUGAUAAAAAAGAAGCUGUUACGAUUGAUGAAAAGAAAGAAGCUCCCUUAGCUACACCUGAAGCUUAAAGUGUUCAGUAACAAGCUAUUUCAUACAACCAACAGUUGUAAUUGACAAGUCGAGUAAUACAAGUUGCAAAAGCAAUGCGUAAACGAAGUAUCACUAUACAUACGUUAUAAAUAUUUGACAUACACUAUAAUAAUGCUAUAUGAGUAACAGUUAACAAGAAAUAAAAAAGGCUGUUACAGAAAUCAAAAGUUUCUACAGACAAUGUUCUUUACUUUGUUGCAUUUGCUAAAAGGUAGACUUUGCUUUGAAACAGCUAAAAUGAUCUUACUUUCCCUGAAUUAAUAUUUUUUAAUAUUAUGCGCGAAUGACGAAUGGUGUUUGAAUUUUUGACGCUUAAUUCGAAUAUUCAUUCACGUGAGGCGCAGCGUGAAUUUAUAAUUUUUAUUAUGAUCAUAUAAUACGAUCAUAUCUUUCUCAUGGUCUCACAUUGUGUUCGCAAUGUGUUUUUACUUGUCGAGAGUAAACUCCAAGAAUUUAUAGAAAUAUAAUUAGAGAGCGAAAUGAAAUUCCGGCAAGAGAUAAUAAUAACUUUCCGCCUAUUCGCAGUAUAGGGGAAAGAAGUUUAUAUGCAUUGUAGAAAAAAAGAAAGACGCGCGAAGUACUGAUGCACCUCUAUUUUAAUCGAAAUUGAUAUACGGAUAAGGAUAGUUUUUUGCAAUAGUGUUCCAGCGUGAAAAAAUGAGGUGUAAUAUUUUGUAAUGUAAUCUGUGAAAUAAAUUCAUUUGCUGGAAAUGCGGUUUUCUACUUAAAAUUCAUGUUCUCUGAAUAACUAUAGUCGUACUUUGCCGAUAUUUAUAUCUUCUCAUCCAUAGAAUAGAUCUGUAAUAACUGUAAUUAUGAAAAUAUAAGUACUCUCUGUAUAGUAACAGUUUUUCUUAACAUUUUCCAUUAACAAUUUCUAUUUUACACUGUUUGUAACUAUAAUUAUGUUCAUUUCUUUCAAAUAUUUAGUGUUCCUUUUAAUCAAUUAUGACGCAGAUUAAAAAGAAUAUAAUGGAGGUAACAUUUUUAAAAUUUUUACUAACUAUAUCUUAAGCACAAAAAUAUUGAUUUCCUUUUAUUAUUGUACAGUUUUCUUAUAUCAUUUAGCAGAAGUAACAUUUAUUUGGCAACUAUUUGUAUAUGUCUCGAUAGGCAUGAUGUUCAUUACGAAACAAACGAACAAAUAAACAUAGUAUAAAGUUA